UAACUUAGCAGGUGAAUUUAAUGCAGCGGAAACAGUUAUUACUUUGUUACUUCUCACAGCUUUAGUCAAACAGCCCAGGGGAAAUGUCGAGCAUCAUGAAUACAGUUUUAUCUGACAUGGGCUGGGACGAGCGCUUUGCUAUCCCCGAACCUAACGCUGAAAACAAGGCUUUGAUAGAAGAGAUUCGUAAAAAAGAGGCGGAGUUGGUGCAACUGGAACACAAACUUGAGAAAAACAAGGAUAAUAAGCAGUCAGUGACCGAAUUCCUUAAAAAUGCUAAACAAGAGCUGGACAUUACUGAGGCUCUGUGCAAGGCAAAGGAAAGAGAAGAAGAGUUGGAAAAACACCUGACCGCCCUGGCAGAAAGAGAGGCAGGUCGCUUGGCACAGGAGAUGGCUAAGAUGGAGAAUGACCAUAGAUCUUUAGCAGAGAGGAGGAACAUCCUAGAGAACCAUAUCUUCAAGGCUAAACAGAAGCUAGAGGACUUUAGGCAACAGAUGAACUGGGACCAGCAGACCAUGGACGCCUUUUUAGAAGAGUCUGCACGCAAAGACGAGGACACGAUGUCCAUCAUCAAGUAUGCGCAGCAAGAUGAGCAGAGGAUCAAGUCACUCACUCUGGCUAUAGAGAAGAAGACACUGGAGGCCAAUGAGAAGCGCAAAGUACUUGACAAAGAAUUGACUGAGACUAUUUCUGCACAGAUUGCUUUGGAUAGAACUACAGAAAACUUGCAGCAGGCCCAUCUGGAGACACAGCAGCUCAUCCACCAGUGGGAAAACACCAUCAAGCAGAUGAAGCAACGAGACGCUGAGAUGCAGCAGUGUGCUCUGCACCUUGCCCAAGCCAACCACAACAUCAGGGAAAGAAAUGCCUCAGUUACAGAGAAAAAGCAUUUGCUGGACACUCAGAGAAACAACAACAAGGAGAGUGAGAGGAAGAUCACCAUGGCCAACAGACAGGCGGUGAAGCUGCGGCAGGAUUUGAAGGAGCAGGAGAAUAACUGCAGGAGACUGAAGGAUGAGCUGGAUAGUUGCAAAGGAACACUGGACAGAGCAACCUCUGACGUGGACUCUGAGACAUCUAACAUAUCCAGACUGAAGAAAGACAUCCAGGAUAACAAUGACAAACUCAAAAAGGCCCGGGCCUACAAUGUUGCGCUGGAAGAGAAGCUGUGCGUUGUGACGGAGACUGCCCUCACCGAGGAGGAGAGAGCUGCACAGAUGGACAACCUGCUCAAGGAUGAAGAGCAGCAAAUCAAGGAGUUGGAUGUCCAGCUAAGUGACUGCAGGGAGGAGCUUUUUCAUCGUAAAGAGCAUUUGCAGGCCCUCAAGACGAAAGAAAAGAACUCUGUCGCCCAGGUUUCGAGGAAUAAAUCCACCAUCCACAACUUGGAGAGCCAGCUCAGAAAAAUGGAGAAGGAAUUGAUGAGACAGCAGUUGAUCGCGAGUUCACAGGAGACCCAAAUCGCUGAACUGGGUAGAAAACUGGCACAGCUGCAGGGUGACGUUCACUCAGAUGAAAAAGAAAUCCUCGACUUAAAGAUCUCUGAGCUGACCAAAGCCCUGGAAGAGAAGAAGGAGACGGCCAACAAGCUUACCAACACACUCAGGGAGUCUGAGGAUGAUAUUCGCUAUUUGAGGAAAGACAUGGAGAAGUCAGCGACCCAAAAGAGAGGUCUGACGGAGAAGGUGGAGGAGCUCUUGCUUCUCGGUAACACCAAUGAAAAGGAGCUGAAGAGUCUCAGGCUCAGGAAACAGGACAACAUGGUGGAUCACAACAUCUUGAAGUCAGAGGUCAAACGUAAGAGGGAUCUGCUGUACAACAAGGAGGGCAAUGUGCUGUCUCUGGAGAAAAGGAAGCUGGAGCUGCAGAAAGCCAUAAAGGACAGGGAGGAAGAGGUCAAGGUCUUCAGAGAAAUGCUCAGCCAGCAGCUCAAAAUCAGCGAGCAGGAGAGACAGAAACUCAGUGCUGAACUGAAUGAGAAACUGUCCAAGAUCGACAUGAUGAAGAAACGCUUCGAGAUCGUGAUGCUUUCGCUGGCGGCUCCUGACGGGGAAGAGGAGAAAUCGCAGGCUUAUUACAUCACAAAGGCUGCACAAGAGAAAGAGGAGCUCAAGCGGAAGGGAGACUCUCUGGAUGCUAAAAUACGCAAGACAGAGUUGGAGAAUCGAGCUCUGGAGAACACCGUCCAGUUGUUUAACAACAGUAACUCAGCAUUUCGAAAAUCCCUCAACAAAGUCAACGAGUCCAGUCCGGAGCACCAGGAAAAACUGAAGCUAGAAGAGCAGUUGAGGGCAGUUGAGGAAACACUGAAGUAUAAGAAAAGACAAGUCCAAGAGCUCCAACAGGAUUUACAGGACAUGAACAAUACCCUGGAGAGUCUGCUGCAAGAAGAACAGGUGGAGAAAGAUAAGAUAGAGCACAAACAGUCACUCAUCAGUAAACUGAACAAAGAAAUCUCUUCCCAGCAGGAGAAGGUUAACAGAGCCACUAAGCAGUGCUCUAAGCUGACCAAAGAGAUCCGCUCAGCAAAAAACACACAAACUGAGACUUUUGAGGAGAAGGACAUCAAGCUGAGGGAGCUGAAAGAAUUCAAUAAGAGUAUCAACAAGAUGCUGAAUGAGGCCAUGGAGGACAAACCUGAGCUCAGACCGGUGUUGGACAAAUACUUCCUGCAGGCCAAUAUGUCACUUCCAUCUCCGUCUUCCACUCCGUCAAGCAAUCGGAGCUCCAAGACCAGCUCCUCCCGCAGCUCUGCCUCUCUCAGGUCUCCUGCAUCCUCAGCCAGCAGCAGCCCCAGGACCUCUGCACUCCACUCCCCCCUGAUGAAGACUGUUCAAAUGGGCUUGGAUCUGACCGUGACCUCCCCUCCUCUCACCACCUCCAGACGCUCCAGCUCUGCCAGCAGCAGCAGCAGCAGCAACAGCAGCAGCAGGAAGUUAAAGAAUCCAUAGUGACGGCUGGUUUAUUAUCGUUCCUUAUUUACUGAUGUGGAUAAAGAACAAUAGAAAGAGGAUUCAAGUUACUUAUAGUUUGUUAUAGUUGCACAGAAUAACUGUCUCAUCACACAAUGGAUACAACUCUAAAAUGUGCUUUCAAAGUUGUAAAAAUAUGUUCAUGAUGUUUUUGGUGUCUUAAUGUAUUUUAGUGCAUUAAAAAGUCUGUUAUUGAUCAUUUUAGUAUUAUCCUUAAAUCUAUUUGAUUCAUUCCACUUAGUUAUUAUAUUUAUUCAUGUAAAUGUGAUCUAAAGGAAAACUUGAUUAUCACAAAAAUAUGAGAUCUGCUGUCAAUGUGUAGGAAGAUAGAAUAUAGUUUGAGAAAAAUCUAAAACCUUUUCC